AUGGAACGUGGGUCGACGGCGGACAAUGCGGGCUCUGCCGACCUGCGCUUGUCCGACAUUAGCUCCGAGGCUUUCAAGAAGAGCGUGAAAUAUGCCACCGCCGACCCGCACUCGCAGCCCGCCGCCGGCGCGCAGGCGCAGCGCAUGACUCUCCCGAAUGUGCAGUCGCCUCGGGGCAGCAACCUGUUCUCGACCGGCGACACGAUGGCGGAGCCCGAGGUGGAGUACCUCUGGCUGCCGUCGAUGAAGGCCACGGGAACCAACUACCGCAAGCGCGUAGACAAGUAUCGUCAGAUGGAAUUCACGCCCAACUUGAACGUCUAUCGUGUCUACACCCCUCGCGGCGCGAUUUUGGUGUUCAGCCUCUUCGGCCUGGUGCUGCUCGGUCUGGGCCUGGCGUUGAUAUUUUCCUCGCUCAGGUCGUUCACCAAGGAGCUCGAGUACACCGACUACCAACGCCCGAUGGUGCUUACCAUCGAUAAGGACCUGCCAGGUCCCGUGUACGUGUACUACAAGGUCACCGACUUCUACGUCACGCACAAGAAGGUGGCCUACGAGUCCAGCCCCUCGAAGAUCUUCCACCAGCAUUGCAAGAGUGGGUUCUCAUCUUUGGCCGUCAUAACCUUUGCAGCGUUCAACACCUUCGAGCAGAUUCUCAACCUGCGCUGCAUCGGCGGCAAGAACACGCUCAACGGCAUAGACGAGUGGUGCCAACAUAAGGACGAUCCCGUGUUCAAGCGUCCCGCCUACCCGUGCGGGCCCAUAUCCGCUACCGUGAUGACGGAUAACUUUGAGGUGUGCACCAAGAAUGACAAAAUCGACCUAACCGACACAAACCUGGCUUCGAAGAGGGACGACUGCCUCGCGCUCUCCAUGGAUAUUCCGGAGUACGACUAUGGCUUUUACCACUCCAGGGUGGAGCCGGUGGACAGGGACGAGGGUUUCCUGUGGUUCGACCCGGGUAACCAGCUCUUCAGGAGCUGGAUCCAGCUGCCGUACGACUCGACGUUUGUGAAGCAGUACGCCGUCCUCAAGGACGGCAUCAACGCCGGCACGUACUUCGUCCACGUGACCAGCAACCUGUGGCCCGCCCGCGAGUGGCAGGCGCGCAAGUUCUUCUACAUCGCCAAGCCGGGCUUCCUCGGCACGCCGGCGAUUGCCCUGGAGUGCAUGGUCAUGGGCACGGCAAUUGUAUUCCUUCUCACCGCCGCGGUCAUGUUCCUGCUACACAAGCGCAACUACAGCUGCGGUAUCUCGCCGUGGCGCGGUAUCGAGGUCUACGACAGCAAGGCCGGGGAUAGUGUGAAAGUGCCGUCAGUGCCGUACAAGAGGGACGACAUCACGCCGGUUGACGACGUGCCAGCGUCCAAGAUGCCUUGUCUGUGUCCCUGCCACUAG